AUGAGUAUUCUUGCUCAAAUUUCAGCAAAAUAAAAAAGGACAAAAACAUAGGAUAACAUCUAAAUGUAUUCAAGUAAAAGUAUUCACACGGUAAAGAAUGAAACAGAGGAAGAUAACUUAUGUGAAGAUAAUAAAGGUGAUAAUCUAAGUCCUACUUAUUUCAGAGGUCCUAUGUUUUCAUAGUAGAAGAUGAAUGGGUAGCAAUUAUUUUUAGAAACAAUAGAUGAAAAAAGUGAUUAUGAUUAGAUCAAAAAUAGUGCAUAUAAUUUUAGGUUGAUGAAAAUGCAUAACAGUUAAGAAAAAGAAUACCCCGUAUUAGCAUUUGAUAACACUUCAUUGACAAAUGGCUCAGAGUAAACAAGGAAGAGAUUAACUUAAGAUGGGAAUAAAAAUGAAACUAAUGAUGAAAUUAUGAAAUCAUCUAGAAAAACAGAUAAUAAAAACGAAGAAUAAGAAGAGGCUAAUAAAUAAGGUCUAACUCACCACUUUAAGGUAAAAUGUGAAUUAUAACCAUUAAGGUAGAAUAUAUUUAGAGAAGAGAGUUCUGAAUCAAAUAUUUUGUCAGUGAACCAUAGAGAAACAUAUUUGCAAUAAGAAUAAUAAUUGGAACUAGAUGUUAGCCCCGAAUUUUAGGUUUUUUCUGAUUAGUUGAGGAAAAUAGAUGGGAUGAAAUGUUAUAAAAAAGUCAUACAUUAAGAUUUCAUUAAGUUAGAGGGCUAUCAGUUUAAAGACUAUGUUCUAAAGGAGUUUCUCAGAGCUUAGCGCUUCUCUCUCAAAACAAUAUCUAUAAAGGAAUGCAAGGUAACAAAUAAAUCACGUAUCGAAGCACUUUAUAUGAUAUUUUUAUAAGAUGAUCUUUACGUCGGAGACUUCCCUAAAUUGUAGGAAAUUUCUUUAGAUUUGUUAGAAACUGAAAAAGAUUUAUAGAAUUAAAGUUCUAGUUCAAAAAAAAAAAAAUAGCAUGAUAGCAAAAUAAACAUGCUUUUAAAUUUGUAAAAUGUUUUGUAAAAUGCAGAUACAAAAAAAAUAAAUCGUUCGAGAGUAAUGUAUAAGAAAACUCUUGAUGAUAUUUAAAAAGAAUUCGAAGUUGUAAAAAAGAUGGAAUACUGUAUACAGUGUGAUGGAUAAGUCAUGAUAAUAAAUUAGCUUGCAUUUUAGGAUAAAAAAGCCUUUUUUUACAUUAAAAGGCACUUAGCUUAAAAGGCAGAAUCUUUGCGCUGCUUGGUGUUUACAAAUAUAGCUAAUUUACGUAAAAACUCUCUAAAAUCAAUUUUUGAAAAUUUAAGAGAAGUUACCACUUUAUAAGAAAUUAAUUUUAUUAACACAAUUAUCAAUUAAGAUUCCCUAAUUUUAAUUAGAAAUAUAAUUUUAUGGUUUUCUGAUGAACUUCGUUCAAUAAAAUUUAUAGAAAACCAAUUAAAUGAGAAUGAUUUAUAAUUGCUCUUUUUAGAUAAGAAUCAUCUUCAUAUCUCUGAUUUAGUAAAUUUAGAAGAGUUAAUUAUACAGAAAAACCCCCAAGCAACAAAUUCAUCAUCUUACAAUGAGAUUAUGAAAAUUUUUAGAAAAUAAAUUGAAAUAGCCUGGGAAAAAAGGGAAAAUGCAGUGUGUUUGCCAUUAUUUUCAUCAGUCACUUAUUUAUCUUCUCGCCCUUAUUUCAAGUUAUUUCCUUUCAACCUGUAUCCUAGAAACUACUCAUUAAUCUUUAAUGACGACUAUCUCUUUGAAAGCUACAAUGAUGAGCUUGAUGAUUUAAUGCUUGAUAUGCUUUUCAGAAUACAGUAUACAGAUUUCUGUUAAAAAUUAGAUUUAUCUUAAGUGAGUUUCUUAGGAGCUGAUCCUGAAAUCAUAAAUUUACUGGCUGAAGUUAUAUGCAAUAGUAAGAGCGUAUAAGUAGUUUAUUUAAAGAAUAAUCAAUAAGUUCUAGAUAUGUUAGAGUCUAAGCUACUUCAAAAAAAUGAAAUAGGAAAGAAAAAUAAGCUUAAUGAUAAGCUGAUUUAGUUAAACAAAACAUUUUUAGAAUUUAAGUUAUUUGGCUCUUAGUCAAGUAUUUUUAAAAAUAAAAAUCUCAAAUCAAUAGUAAGCAUUGCAUUUUUUGUUCAUGAAUUUACCAUAGAUUUUUAAGGAACCACACUCUAGCAAGAUGCUCUACUUGGUUUGAUAGCUGGUUUAGUAAAUUGCAGAAAUUAGUUAGAAGAAAUUGGAAAAAAACAGAAUAUUAACAGAUAUUUAGAUUUUUCUAAUCCUUUAUUAGUGUCUCCAUACCUAAAAUCCUUUUAAUUGAAGAACAUAAGCAACUUAGAAGAUAUUUAACCUAUUGAUUUCAAAAAAUUUUUGAUUGAAUUCUUUGUUCUAUUUGGAAAUACUUUAGAAGAGUUUAUGCUUGAAAAUGUAGAGUUUGAACAUUUUUAUUUAGAAGAAAUGGAAAGAGCUCUUAAAAUAGCAACUUAAGAACUUGAAAGAAUUGGUACUCCUCUAUUUCAUCUGAAAAAGUUUGGCCUUAGUAGGAUAGGAAAGUAUUCAAUAGAGUUCGAAGAAUUUUAUUAAACAUUAUAUAAAAUAUUUCCACUUUUAGAUACAAUAAGAUUUUAAUAAAAUUAUUUUAUUCCCAGAAUAAAAACUUUAAAUCAAAAUUAUGAAAGCACAAAUACAAAAAUUUUAAAUCUUGACUUAAGUGGACUUAAAUUAAAGAGCGGCUACUGCUAAUGGCAAAAAAUUUUCAGAAUAUUUUUCUCACAGCCGUCGAUAACUAAUUUAAAUUUGAGUGAAAGUAGUUUUGAUAUCAGCAGUGCAGAAGAAUUUAUGUUUGAGUUUAUUAAAGCAAAAGACAAAUGCAAAUUGAUUGGGUUAAAAUAUUUAGAUUUCUCAAAAACAAAUCUUUCUAACACAAAUCUUAUUUAUGAUUAAUAAAAUUUACAAAAUAAUUAAAACUUACAUAUAAGCACCAUUUAAGGCCAUUUUUAAUUUGGAAUUUCUUCAAAUAAUAAUGGGCUUGUUUCAUUAUAGCAUUCAAAAAUACAUUUAAAAGAAAUACAUCCUCUUAAAUAAACAACUGCAAGAUCAAGUACUAUUCUCAAAUAUGCUGUUGAGGAUUCUUAGGAAAUAAAUGUUAGUAAUAAGGUAUAUCAUAAGAAAAACUAAACUUUAAUUUAUCACUUAUUUGAUUCUGUUUUUAACUUCACAAAGAUAAGACAUUUAGAUAUAUCCUAAACAUAAUUGACUUCUCAAGGUUUGAGUAUAAUAAUAAAUAGGAUGAAGAGUUCUGCAAAUAUUUAAACUUCCCUUAGAUAUAUUAACAUAUCUGGAAAUCCUUUAGCAAUAGGAAAGCUAAAUAAAUUUUUCUAGUGUGUUUUUGAUUAUCUUAAGGAUGUGGAAGAAGUCCAUAUGUAAGAUUUAGGAGAUAUAAGUUAACAUUUAGAUAGUCUUUAUCUCUUCAUCACUAAAAAGCAAAAAAGAUUAGAAUAAUUAAAAGUAUUAAACCUUUCUGGUAGUUAUUUUAUCCCUAAUAAUGAAGAGUAAACAAAUGAUUUAUCUAUUAUAAUAUAUGAGCUGAUUAUUAAUUGUUAAUGCUUAGAGUUAUCAUAGGUAAUUACAUCAAAUUCAGUGGCUCAAAAAAUUUCAGAAAAGCUAUUUUAUGAAGUUACUAAUCACUCAAAAAAUAUUUAUUGUCUGAAAUCCAUAAAUUUAUCACAUAAUCCUUCUUUAAGCGAAAAGUCUUGGAAAAUGUUAAUUAAAUCUCUGAUGUUAAAUUUCAGUCAUUCUUUAGAAAAAAUUGAUGUUUCAUAUAACUAGUUAAACAAAUAAAAAAUAUCAUAUAUCCUUGAAGCUUUGGAGGAGGCUUAAGUGGAAGUUAAAAAUUAAAGCAUACCCAUGAUGAAGUUAAGCAAAUUUAUAAUGAAAGGAAACCAUAUGCUUUCUGAAGAUAAAUAAGCAGGAUAAAUUUGGUAAAAUAUCAUUUUUAGGUUGCUGAGCUAAAAGUAGAUUAACUUGAUAGAGAUAAACUUAAAUGAUAACAAAAUAAAUGAUUAGAUAGCUGAAUGCCUUCUUAAAGGUCUUAAGUAAGCUAACCAAAAGACUUUAUAAGACCCGAUUGAAAAAAGUAUUUAUGGGCUAAAUGAUAUUACUUUUUUAAAUAAUUUAGUUUCUAGAAAAAUGCUUGUUUAAUUAAAAAACAAUUUCUUGUUAUAUUUUUGCAAUAACAUCUCCAUUUAAAAUAUUGAAUAUAAAAAGAAUUUAGAUUAAAAUAUGCAAAUUUUUAGAAAUAACAGGAAAGAGAUUACUUAAAAAGUCAAAUUGAGAGGUGGAUUUGACUUAGAUUGCAACACUUCCUAAAAAAUUUUGCAAAAGUUUGUGUUAGGAGAUUAGUGUGCCAGCAGUUAGAUUGGUUGUGUUGAUAUCCUUAAAAAUAUUCUUCUGUCUUUUAACAAAAUUAAACAUUUAGAAGUCUACAUAAAAUAUCCUGAAAAAGUAUAAACAAUAUGGCUUGAAUUAAAUUAAAAAAAUUUAGGAGCAAACAACUGUCAAAUUCAUGAUUUAACCAUAAAACUAUCAAAAAAUACUGAUAUUUCUGAUAUUUAAUGGAAUAAUAUUUUAAAAGGAUUUUUCACUUUUUCUAGCACAAUUACUGGAGUGUACUUAGAAAAUGUAGGAUUAACAGGUAGUAGUUUAAAUGCAGUUGUAACAUAGAUAGUUAGUCACGUCAAAAAUUUAGAGAAUUUCUCAAUUGCAGAUAAUCCUAUGCUAAAAGGAGAUAAAGUAAAUACAGGAUAAAGUUUAAAAUUGCUUUUAAAAUUGAAAGCAACUCAAUUAAAAUAUCUCAGUUUAAGAAAUUGUUCCUUAUGUGAGUAAGUAAUAGAAUAAAUUUGUUCAGGUAUUAAGGAAAAUAAGACAACAUCUUUAGAAAAGCUAGAUUUAAGCAUGAACCAGAGAAUAUAACCUGGAGCAUGGUUUUCUUUAAUUUUAGUAUUUUUAGAAAAUUCUCAGAUUUAGCAUUUGAAUCUUUCUGAGUGUCUUCUAAAUAACGCUUCUAUAAAAUGCAUCUCCCAAGCAUUUAAUAAGCUAUCUUAGUCAUAAACUUAACCUAAUUUAGCUGAAUUAAAUCUUUCUAAAAAUUCAUCUUUACACUACGAUGGUUGGAGUGUGUUUUUUUCAGCUUUAUUUAAUACAUUUGGAAAGGUACUUGAAGAUUUAGAUCUUUCUUUUUGUGCUAUGGACGGGAACAAAACAUUAGCUUUGGCAGAUGUAUUAAAAGAAUAAAGAUUACAAAACAAAUAAAUUAACCUAACAAGAUUAAAUUACAAGGGCAACCAUUUCAAAUAACAAAAUGCAUGGGAAUAAUUUAUUUUUGAAGUUCUAAGUGUUAAUGGAUUGCAUGAUCUGGAUUUAUCAGAUUGUGAUUUUGAAGAUAAAUAAAUUACUCAAAUUACAAAUAAGCUCAGUACUAUGCUAGUAAAAUCAACAAUACAAAAACUAAAAAUAUCUAAUUCUAGUAGUGCUACUCUCUAUUACUAUGAUGUAAAGAAGGAAAGAUAUAAAAUAUCAUUACUAAAAUCUAUCUUAUCUUUGGGCAAUUCAGUUUUUGCUCAGCUAAAAGUGAUUCAUCUUGAAAAUUGUAUUAAAACAAGAAUCUCAUCUAAAAAUCUUUUGCAAACAUUCAUAGAUCUGAGUAAUCUAAAUAUUAAGAGUAACUUUCUUGAAGAAAUAUAUUUGAGUGGCAAUAAAAUAAGUGGAUUAGUGUGGAGCAAACUUAUUCCUCUGAUAUUUGAGUUUCAGCCAAGAAUCAGGGCAAUUGGAAUAGAUAGAGAAAUUAAACUUUCAAAAGAAGAUUAUAAUGAAUUCGAGUAUAUUGAUGGUAUAGCCAAAGGCUUCGCUGAUGUACAAGAAAGCAUUCUUUACCUUGAAAAUAUUAUUUUUAGUGAUCACAGAAGAAAUCGUUAAGAAAGCUGGUAUAAUCUCUUGAGCAUUAUAUUAAAUGAAAAGAAGGUAUUUAGAACAAUCAAGCACAUUUUAGUCCGCUCAAAUGAAAACUUUGUUCACGAGAGUGCCUUUUUCCUUGCCUUUUCAGAGUUAAUUAAUGAAGACAAUUUUUAGAUGGAAAGCAAUAUGACAAGAACAUUUACGCUAUUUGAAAAAGAAAAAGGAACUAACUUUGCUAGCGCAAGCCAAGCAAUAAAUAACUAACCUAAAAAAUAGCAAUAAAAAAAGCAAUUUAACUAUCUAUAAACAAUAGCUUACUCAGACAAAAGCUCAUAGACAUUUAUCAUACCAUCAUAUUUCCUUAUACAUCUUUUAAAGGGUGUUGUUAGCUGUAUUGAAAAUGGAUAAAUUAUGGUUGAAAAGUAAGAAGAGUCUUACAUCAAAAAUUUUUGGGCAUCAGAUAAAAGCGAAGAAGUAAAAAUUAUGGUUCGCCCAUGGCACUCUGUAAUGAAAUUUUAAGGAGGUAUACCUGAAAACGAUUACCAAAAGAAGACAGAAUUAUACUCUUCUUUGAACGACAUAAGAAAAUUGCUAAGUAUUGGCAAAGAAGAGCUUAUUCUUGAUUUCGAUUUUGACUAUAGAAAUUUCCCUUUGUUUAGUAUAACAAAUCCUUUGGCUUUUAAUCCUUAUAAAAUGAAUGAAGUAAAUUUAGAAGAAAUAUUUGGAAAUAUUUCUAACUUAUACUUUGACUAUCCUCUAUAUUGCUUCUUAGUAGAGUGCUGUUCAAUUUACCCAGGUGAAAAUAUAAAUGAAUUUUUUGUUAAAUUUACUUAAACAUUUGCUAAUAAAGCUGAUAACUUUUUCCAAAAAAUAUAAACAACUCCAACUCUUUCAUUAACUAAUGAAGAUAAAGAUUUAAUUCAAGAUGCUUUAUCUUAGAAUUUGCCAACUUUUUAGACUGCAAAUUCAAUAAAUAAUACACCUAAGCUAAAACCAAUAGAGGAUGAAUGCAAAUAGUCUGACAGUCCUUAAUUAAAAUAGACAUCACCCCUUAAAAAGAGCGCUCAACUACCUAAUAUUAUAGGAUAAAUAGACUCUUCAAUUAAGCUACCUAUUUAAAUGUAGAAUCAGAAUCCAUCAAGAAAAUCACCAACAUUAAGUAGAAAAUCUAAUUUUGGUCUUGACAUGUCAUACGGGCAGAAAGCUAUUUUCAAUAAACUUUUUAAAAAAAGAGCUCCUUUAAGUGUUUUGUGCCCUUACUUUUUUGAUUCAUAAAAUCUUUAGAAUUAUGAUGAAGAAUUGCUAUUAGAAAGGCUUAGAUGCAUGCCAGCUUCUACUUUAAAAGUGAGAAAUCUUUCAAUUAGUGCUUUGAAAUCUAUUUACUCAACCUGUUAUCAAAACCCAUACUUCAUGGCAUGCGAAAUGGAUUACUAAUUUUUAACAUUUAUUAAUGUAAGUCUAGCUUAUUCUGCUAGAGAAAGAAUAUUUGAAUCUCAUAAACCUCCAUCUAGAUCUUCUAUAGGCAGCAUGGUCAAUAAAAUCAUAUGGAAAAUAAUAAAUGCUCUAGUUUCAUUGGACACCUACUUUGAAUUCGAUGAAAAUACUAUUGUUUUAAAUGAGUAUUUAGAGGAACAUAAUUACCUAAAAGUUAUUCUUGUUAUUUUCUUUAUUCUUUACAUGCUGAUUUGCUAUUUUGGUCCUUAUCCUCUAACUGCAUAUGAUGAUUUACUUGAUAAAAUUGGUAGAGGAGUUUCUUGGAAAUCUCAUAUUAUAUAUUCUAUAUUUGCUAUUAUAACUAUGAUAUACGAAAUUUAUCUUGUAUCAAUAGUUAUAAAAUAAACAAACCAUCUUGUGCCAGGAAUUAGAUUGGGUGGUUAACCUGAUUGCCCAACAAAAUUUGUUGAUACUCUAAAAACGAAAUUGAUGAAUAUUUAAAUAUUCGGGUAUAAAAAUUUACUCUACAUUCUUCAGUUAUUAUUCAGUCAGCAAAAUAGAUUAAAUACAUACACAAAUUUUUGCUUUUUAGUAGUACUAGAAUAACAUAGUAGGUUUGAUUUGCUUACAGUAUGGGCGAUUAUUUUAGUUGUCACAUAAAUUUCACUAUUUUACAAAAUUUAUUUGUUUAAAACUCAAAAGCAAUCUUUAAGCAGUUAGCACAAUAAUAUAAAUCACUAUUAUUGGGUGGCUAGCUUCGGAAAUUUUAAUGCAAUUGCAGAUUUAUUGGAUGUAAUCUCACCUUGUAACACAACUGUAAUUCCAUCAAAUUGGUAUACUAAACUAAUAUUCCCUACUCUGCAAGGCAAGGCUGUGAAUAAUAGAAUGAUUAGAGUCAUUUAAGAAGCCAUAUUUGAGCAUAUUCCAUAGCUUUUUGUUCAAAUUGUUUUCUUCUCUCAAGCCAUUAAAUCUUUAGAUUUAACAGCUAUAUUAUCAUUUACUUCAAGUGUUUUCUCUUUGAUUUUAACAAUAUUUAAAUUCUUGACAAUUGGUUAGACAAUUAUAACAUAGCUAGAUUUUGAUAAUUUGUCUAUUAUAAAACAAUCAGAAAUGAAAAAGGUAAUGGAAGAUUUUAGAGACAAUGAAUCUAAAAUGAUGGAAUAAAUUAAAGGAGUGUGUAUUAAAUCAGAUAGUAAAAGCAACAGUGUGUAAAACGAUUAGGAUAGCUCACCAGGUUUAGUUUCAGAAAAAUUAAAUAGGCCUCCCACCAAAAGUAUAGGUUAGAAAUUAAGAAAUACUUUGUUUAAAAAAACACCAUAGUUAGCUCCUGCUUCCUCAAAGCACUCAUUAAAUGGGAAAGAAACUUUCCAAUCAGAGGAAAAUUCAAAGUUGUGA